UAAAUAUGGCAAAGCUCCACACAAUGCGACACUAACGAUCAGAACAGUAAAGAACGACAAAAUGGCCAACAAACUCCAGGCAUUACUUCUCAUAACGGUGGUUGUUUUUGUUGCAGAGGGACGAAGAAAUGUUGCAACAUUGUUUUGCAACGAUAUUAGAACCAUCAGGGCUGAAGUCGAGGUCAACAAUGGAGAAACCUUGUUCGUACCUGCAGACUGCAUUAAAGGGCGAAUUCAGUGGAACCUACCCAAUCCAUCGACGGAGCUCGAUGUCCAAUUCCAAAGUCAGAACCCAUCCAACUGUUUCGUCAGCAACUAUCCCGAGAGGUUUGCCAACUAUGAGAUUAUAGAAGACGGCGUUUCUACUAAGCCAUACAGGGGAAAUGAACAUUGUAUUUCUACAUCCAAUGUUCAACUGUCUGUUCCGGUGAGGUACUAUUUGGUCUAUAUCAAUUUUGAGUUGAGACCUUGAAAAGGACGACAAUCCAGUUUUCGGACAUUAAUUAACAGCGUAUUGUGAUAAUUAUAUCGUGUUCAAAUCCCGUACGUAAGAAAUCCAGGAUCCACGGAAUGAUCUUUAUACCACAUAUUAUACUUAAGCCAGUAUUCUAAAUAUAAUGUACUUUAGCUGCACUGGUGUAUUUAUAAAACAUGUAAAAAUAUUAUUGGUUUUUUGCUGUGAUAUUUUCUAUAAAAUAAAUCUCUUGGAACAAUG